AUGAAGCUCGUGCGAUUCCUAAUGAAACUAGCCAACGAGUCUGUGACCAUUGAGCUAAAAAAUGGCACGGUCCUAACAGGUACAGUCACUGGCGUUGAUAUUUCAAUGAAUACGCACUUGAAGAAUGUAAAAGUUGUGGUCAAGAAGGAUCCAUUAUCGGAUACAGAUAAGGCGGUUAAUUCCCCUCAGUAUAUUUUGCUUGAUCACUUAACCGUGCGAGGCAAUAACAUUCGCUAUUUUAUCCUAUCGGACAGUCUACCUUUAGAUACUCUGCUAAUUGAUGAUACUCCCAAGCAAAAACCGCCUAGGGAGAGAUUAGCCAUGAUCAGAGGUGGAAGAGGAAGGGGGAGAGGCGUUAGGGGGAGGGGAGGAGAUAGGCCCGGGGGCCGACCUAGACUCUAA